UCGUAGGAAUAAAUGACACGCCUUACAUAGAAUUUGCGGGUUUCCUAUUAAUUAUAACUAUUAAAAUGUAUAAGACUUUUUGAAUGAUCAUUCUAACUAACGGUAAAAAUAUUGACACACGUUUAUAUUUAAUUUGUUUUUAGUAACAUAUUUUGAGCCACCGUUAAUCAAAAUGCAAUUAGAAAUAAAACAACUGUUCCAUCUGUUGGUCAAGUAGGCAAUGGAAUGGAGAUCAUAAUAAUUUAGUUUUGUGGAUAGUAUUAUUGGUUCUAAGAUUAUUGAAUUAGUUGGUGUUUAUGCCAUUGAAUUAGUGUCAGUGAUAUUAUCAGAGUGUAAAGAAGCUAAUGUUGUGAACUAAGACUGUUUGUAACGAGCAUUCCAACGACCAUUCCAGAAGCAACCAAAAGUUCCAGACAUGUGAUAGAUGACCGAUCGACUGAUCUUGUAGACCGAUGUAGUGACAGGCGAGUGUACAACGCGACGACAUGGAGGGGGAAGCCAACAACCGAUACAUCGUACAGGUGUUUGUGGGCGCCCUCUCACAGCACUAUGAAGCCCUCUCGGUGGAGGCCAGCAAGCAAACGACGAGUGAGGAGAUCGUGCAGUGUAUCGCGGAGCGGCUGUCGCUGUGUGGGGGUGGGGGGUUUGAGCUGGCCGAGGUGGUGGGUGACGCACUCGGUCGCGAGUGCAAAGAACGCAGACUCGGUCCCGCCGAGUGCCCCGUGGCUGUGAUGCUUCUCUGGCCCAAAAGCACAAUGACACAGCAGGAGUAUUACAGGUUUUACCUGAGGGAGAAGCUCAGUGACAAUCUGUGGGCAGACGGGUUUACCAUGGAUCCUCAGCUGAUCCGAGACUACUUCUACCGGUUCCUAUAUCAGCCACAGGACCGGGAAUAUCCGGACCUCUGUCAGCUCCCGGACCUCAACGAGCAGACGCUACUGGAGAACCUGAGGACCCGCUUCCUCAGCGGUCACAUCUACACAUACGUCGGGUCCAUACUGAUAGCAGUCAACCCCUUCAAGUUCCACCCCAUAUACAACCCAAAGUACGUGAAGCUGUACCAGCAUAGGCGGCUAGGACCAGAGCUUCCUCCUCACAUCUUCGCAGUGGCCGACUCUGCCUAUCACAGCAUGCUGCGGUCCAAGCGCAACCAGUGCAUCGUCAUCAGUGGGGAAAGUGGCAGUGGCAAGACGGAGAGCACGAACUUACUGCUGCAUCACCUGACCGCCCUGAGCCAGAAGGGGAGUCAGGGUAGUGGCGUGGAACAGACGAUCCUGAGCGCGGGGCCUGUGCUCGAGGCAUUCGGCAACGCUAAGACGGCUCACAAUAACAACUCCAGCCGCUUCGGAAAGUUCAUACAAGUUAACUACAAGCAGAACGGGAUGGUCCAUGGUGCCGUUGUCCAAAAAUACCUUUUGGAGAAGUCGCGGAUAUGCUCGCAGGGCCGCAACGAGCGCAACUACCAUGUGUUCUACUACCUGCUGAAGGGGGCAUCUCCGGAGGAUAGGAAGAGUCUUCACCUGCGCAAGGCUGAGACCUACAACUACCUUAAUAGGAGUGGCUGCUAUGUGUUGGAGAAUGUGGACGAGGACCACGAGUUUUCCCGGCUCAAGCAGAGUAUGGAGAUGGUGGGCUUCACACCUGAGAAGCAGCGGAGAUUGUUUGCCGUCUUGUCUGCAGUGCUACUGUUAGGCAAUGUGGAACUGCAACCGCGCAAAUCUGUAUACCAUCAUGAUGAGGCGGUGGUGGUGGCGGUACGUAAUACAGAAGUGGUCAGCAUCAUCUCCCAGCUGCUGAGGGUGAAACAGGAAACUCUACUGGCUGCCCUCACAGCCAAGCGGGCAAGAGCCUCAGGAGAGACCCUCAUCAUCAACUAUAGGCUGCCAGAGGCUAUAGCAGCACGGGACGCCAUGGCCAAGUGUUUGUACGGUGCUCUGUUUGACUGGAUUGUGCUACAAGUCAACCAUGCGCUACUGUCUAAGAAGGACACACUUAGGGAUCACCAGGGCAACUCCAUCGGCGUCCUCGACAUCUUUGGCUUCGAGGAUUUUGGGCCCUACAAUAGUUUCGAACAGCUGUGCAUCAACUACGCCAAUGAACAUCUGCAGUACUACUUCAACCAGCACGUAUUCAAGUACGAGCAGGAGGAGUACCGCAAGGAGGGGAUACGCUGGAGUGACAUUGACUUCCUGGACAACACAGCGUGUCUCCAGCUGAUCGAGGCGAAGCCGAGUGGGUUGUUGUGCGUGCUUGACGACGAGUGCAAUUUCCCAGGUGCAUCCAAUGAAACGCUGCUGCAGAAGUUUAACCUGGUCCACAAAGACAACGCCUUCUAUGAGAUGCCACACAAGAGGGAACCAGCGUUCAUAGUGAGGCACUACGCAGGGCGAGUCAAGUACCAGGUGGCGGAGAUGAGGGAGAAGAACCUGGACUUGAUGAGAACUGAGAUGGUGGGAGUACUGAAGAACUCGAGUAUGGCGUUUGUGCGAGAACUGGUGGGGGCCGAUCCUGUGGCAGUGUUUCGGUGGGCAAUAUUGCGUGCGUUCUUCCGGGCGCACUUCGCUUUCAAUGAGGCUGGCCGCCGCCACCGCCAGUUUAGAGAUGGCACGAAACCCAGUCUCCACAACCGUUAUAGGAAUGAAAAUCUCAUCAGAUGCUACCCCAGGUACGGCAGUAGUGUCGGUAAUUUACCCCAGUCCCCGACCCGGGGCAAACAGAGCAACGAAACGUUCGAGUCACAACUAAACAAGGAAUCGCAGAGUCAACGAAACAACCGGUUGUCGUGGCCACAGUUCAACAACAACCAAUCACCCGGUGCCAACAAACAACGAACACUGUCUGACAACGAGAAGGAAAACAAACCGCUGCGCAGAGUCAUUAACGCAGAGGAAGCCAAAGUAUUCGAACGUGCCAACCAGAUUGUGAUGAAGAACAAGUCGUUCCGACCGCGGCAGCAAGGCAAGAAGGGGCUGAAGAACCUGGAGAGUAUGAAGACGUUGGCCGGCCGCACGCAGUCUCACACUCACAAGGCUCGCAAGCAGCCGCUCACUGUGACCGCUCAGUUCCAGCAGUCGCUACACAGCCUCAUGGACACGCUCAAUCAGGCCAAUCCGUUCUUCAUCCGUUGCAUCAAGAGUAACGCUGACAAGAUCCCGAACAUGUUUGAUGACGACACAGUCCAGAGACAACUGAGGUAUACUGGCAUGCUGGAGACUGUCAGGAUCCGCCAGGCAGGUUACAACGUGCGACUCUCCUUCGAUGAAUUCAUCCAGCUGUACCGGAUACUGCUGCCUCGCGGCUUACUCAGUUCACAGAAUGAUGUGAAGGACUUCUUGCUGACGCUGAACCUGAACCGUGACAACUACCAGGUGGGCAGCAGCAAGAUCUUCAUGCGGGAAUGUGAGAAGUUGAAACUGGACUAUCGGUUGCACCAGCAGAUCAUGGCCGGCAUCAUCACGGUACAACGGUGGUUCCGGGCGGUGCUCGAGCGACGGCGCUUCCUGCGACUGCGGGAGGCAGUGGUCACCAUACAGGCGUACUGGCGGGGCGUGCAGGCCAGACGGCGGCUCUACCAGAGCAAGCAGUGGCACGCGGCAGCUGUGCAGAUACAGAGCAUGUGGCGCUCGUACACAACCCUGCGGUGGUACCACAAACUGCGGCUCAGUCUGGUACACUUCCAGGCCCACGCGAGGGGCUACCUCACCAGGCUACGACUACACAACAUGCCGCCCAAGAAGCCUCCUGACCCUAUCGUUAUCAACAACAAACCUCGCAUCUCAACCCAGUCUAGUCGUGAAGAUGUUGGUAGUCGGGACUCUGAGAGUAGUGGAAUACAUGAAGACAGUGACAUUGAUCUGAGCCAUGAACCAAAGGGCAGGGAGCUGUGUGACUCUAUCGAGACCAGAGAGAUAAGGGUUGGAGAUCCGAACAAGGAGAUCCUCGGAGUGGACAAGAAGAAGUUGUCUCCCAGACGUAGCAAUAAGGGUGACUCUCGCCUCUUCCUGGAAGACAAUUAUAUGGAUAAGGUGGAGAGGAAAGGCAGCAGUGAUUCGCUGACUUCCCAGCGCAGCAGUGACUCCCAGUCCAGCGCACCCGUGCGCGACACACUCUUCCGGGCCAAGCGCCAGAUACAGGCUCUAAUGGGGGUGGGCAAGAAAGUGGAGGGGGCGCACAGUGACAGUGAGAUGGACGGAGAUCUGGUGUGGACCAAGUGUGAGAACUCCGCUCGCCCCCACCCUGCCCCCGCCCUCAUGCGGCAGGUUACUGCGGAUGCUGAGCCCCUCGCCCCCACUCGGGUCACACGGCGCAGAGAUGUCACUCGCAGUGCUGCAAGUCCUACGUCCACUGUACAGCCAAUGCAGUUGGAGCUGAAGAGGCGGAACAGUGACGGAGCCACGCAGUUGCCUCCACCUCCCGCUCCGCCUCCACCACUGCCUCCCGUCUACUCCCCAACAAGCGACCUCCUGGAGUGGAAGGGCACUUCCAUGUUCACGAUAGCAGGCCACAACUUUCGCAAGGUUGCCCGGUUCGGCAAGGAUGACCGCUGCUGUUUCUGCGACAAACCCAUGGAUGCGUUUGUUACCCAGGCUUACAAAUGUACAGACUGCAAGGCGUUGUUCCACACCAAGUGUAUCCAGAAUGGCGGUGUGCUGACGUUGCCCUGCAUGCAGACGCCAGGGCCUGGUGGUGGCCGCAAGAAGCAGCGGAAGAUAACACGUACUCACCCAGCCACGCAUAUCUCACCUCACCUGCCACAGUUCAGCCUCACGGGUACCAGCGAGUUCACGGACCGCACUGACAAAAUUAUCUCUGACGCCCGGGAACUGCAACUGAUGCAGGACUUCAUCACAAAAAAGAUCUACAAGAUAGAGAGUGGGGACAAACAGAGCCAGGUGGACCGAGUGUUCAAGCAGGCGCUCCGAGAGUUUAAGGACAAUCUAGUGGCCACGUACAGUGUGGUCAACAAGCAGGGACCUGAGGCUCUCAACAUCAAGUACAAGGACCUCAUUGCCAACUUUCUCAGGGUAAUGGAGACGGUGUGUAUGCAAGAACAAACGAAAACUGAUUUCCCAGUCACAAUGGGCGUCAAUGCUUUCCGAGGUUUCCUGAACGAGUUUAUGGCACAGACGAGGGUAGAGCAGGUUAAACCGCACAAAACGAAGAGGAAAAAGGAGAAAAAGCGGAAAACGGAGGACCCAAUCUCACACGCAGGCCACCACUUCAUACUGACCAUCAUCAACAUACCCACUGCCUGUGAGAUCUGCACCAGCUUCUUCAUGUGGCCCUUGGAGCGGGGAUUAGUCUGCCAGAACUGCAAGCUGACCUGCCACAAGAAGUGCUACCUGAAGGUGACGACCGAGUGCGGGAAGGAACUACGGGGUCUCGGUGGUGGCAGUAUUUCCCCCCACCGGGUGUUUGGGGUGCCUCUCAGCCAGCUGGCGACCGGAGACGGCAAGGUGCCGAUAGUGGUGGACAGACUCAUUACCACCAUUGAGAUGUACGGUCUGUACAUGGAGGGGAUCUACAGGAAGUCAGGGGUCAGUUCCAAAGUCCGAGAACUCAAGGCGAGGAUGGAGGAAGGCAAUAUUGAAACUGUCCAGUUUGAACAAUAUCAGGUGCAUGUUCUGGCGAGCGUGCUGAAGAGUUUCUUCCGCGACAUGCCCGAGCCACUGCUGACGUUUGACUGCUACGAGGACUUCCUCAGAGCUGCCAACCUGACAGAGGAUCGUGUCUCCACUCUAUUUGCCAUUCUCAAAAAACUACCCAAGCCUAAUUUUGACCUCAUGGAGAGGCUAAUUUUCCAUUUAGCCAGGGUGGCGUCACAUGAGGAUGUUAACCGGAUGAAUGCCAGUGCCCUGGCAAUCGUGUUUGCGCCGUGUAUCUUGCGUACCAACAAGGCGGUGCCAGCUCAGGACUCACUCAACGACAUUGCGCGCCAGACGCAGGUGGUGGAAACCAUCAUCAGCGAACAGUUGCGCAAGUUGCGAGCGACCCUGGCGGACAUCGAUACACUGGACACUGCGGCACACACGGCCACACACCGUCUGUCAUCAUUGCGCAGCUCUAAGAUAUUUUCUCCUGAGGAGUUACUGCCACAGAAGCCAGACGAGGAGGAGGAGUUGCUGAUGGAUCACAUUGAGGAAAUCCAAAAGGAGAAGGCACUUCUGACGUCUGCUCUACCCUCUCUCACUCGUACCACAUCAGACGAUGACCUGCUCUCCACAGACGAUGGCAGCCUGGACGACGUGGAGACACAGCCCCAGCCCCUAUCCAGGCAUCGAGCUGUGGGACAGAAGCGGUGUAAGCGACAGGAGAACCCCCUCUACCCCCCCUCCAAUUCCCUGUCUCAGGACUUCGAUGAAGACCCGAUCAUGGUCUAAACAUUCCUUAACGACUGUUUUCACUCUCAAUUCCCUAUUUCUUCCAAAGGAGUUUUUGGACGGCAUUUAUAAUUUUUGUUUGUAUUAAAAAAUCAAUUGUUUUGAGUAAAUUGAUGGUGCUUAUAAAUAUUUAUAAAUAUAUAAAUAAUAUAUCGGUAGUGUUAAUUAUUUUUAUGAGUUGUACAAAAGAUAAAUAAAACUAAUGAAAUAUUAAAUGGAUGUUCCUGUACAGUUGUUGCCCUCGUAUGAAUUGUAUUUAUAUUUUGUAUAGUCGAUUUUUUUUCUUAUCAAUGAAAAUUUUAUAUAAUGAUUAAAUUUAUUCUUAGAGUA